UUAUGCCGGAUGAUAUACAAUAAUAAUACAUAUUAUUUCUACCUUCAAUCUAGUCGCGAUAUCGUGAAUCGUGAUGAACGAACCAUUAACGCCGGGCGUCGAGCCCUUUUCAAUUCGACAUGAUCGAUUUCGUAACAUUUUAAAAUCAUCUGAUUGGGAUGAAUUCAACGAGUUGACGGACGACAAACAGAAGAUACAGUUCGUGUACGAACGACUGUACGCACACGGACAGGCUUCUAGUGACAGUGAAAGUACUGAAGACAGACCAGCGAGCUACAAAAAUGGAGAUAAGGCUUUGGAAAUGAAAAAAUCCGGAACUGAUUACUUUCAGAAGUCAGAUUAUCGAAAUGCGUUGAAUUGGUAUUCUUUAGCUGUGCUCCAUUGUCCUCAAACCGACGAUUGGAAGAUACAAUUGUCGAUCAUCUAUGCUAAUCGAUCGGCGUGUCUGUAUCAUUUAGAAAAUUAUGACUUGGCCAUUUCGGACAUACAACGGGCGCUCGACCACGGAUAUCCCAAGGAUCUACGACACAAAGUAUACGAUAGGAAAGCGCGAUGUUUUUUGGCCACGAAACAGUUAAAAUUGGCAUUAGAGUCGUUUAAGGCAACCAUACAGUCUCUGGACGAUUCACGUUUGUCGUUUGACGAACGACGCAAACGACAGCUAGACGUGCAGAUAAUGUUGACGAUGUUGGGCAAAGACAAGCACGCUAAGAAUAGGAUUAUAGAGACCGGUACAACAAAAUCGGAGGAGCCGGAAGUGGACGGUGGCCGGAGCGACGCAUAUCCUGCGUUUAGCAACGCAGUGUCCGUCGAAUACAACGAAAUUGAAGGAAGACACGCGGUAGCCGGAAGGGAUGUGCCCAUUGGAAAAGUUUUGUUGGUCGAGCGUGCGUACGCCUCAGUCUUACUUCGAAAAUACAAUCAUUCGCAUUGCACCAACUGUUUCGUCAGGCUAGUGGCGCCUUUACCGUGUCCGGACUGUGAAAGAGUGGCGUUUUGCGGUGAGUUUUGCAAAAGGAUCGCUUUGGAAUCGUAUCACGCGAUAGAAUGUUCGAUGUUACCUGCGCUCUUCUCGGCUGGGGUUUCCAUAACGUGCCUGAUCGCACUUCGAAUAAUCACGCAACAGCCGUUGAAGUAUUUCAUCGACCUACGACCGAAGUUAUUGAAUCAUUCGCUGAGACCGCGUGAUACACAUGAACCCGAUAAUUACGUGAACUUGUACGACUUGGUAACCCAUCGGGAAAAGAGAUCUGUACAAGAUAUAUUACACAGAACACACGUGGCUGCUUUUUACUUGUUCUGUUUGAAAAAGACAAACUAUUUCCCUGCAGACUGCGACACAAACCGUCGACUAACCGAUGACGAGUUGUUCAUAGGUAGUCUAUUGUUACAUCAUUUACUGCUUCUCCAAUUUAACGCUUUCGAAGUCUCCGAACUCCGACAACUUGGCAACGAGCAACAGACCGUGUUCAUAGGUGGCUCCGUUUACCCGACCCUAGCUUUGUUGAACCACUCUUGUGAUCCAUGCGUUGUCAGGUACCACCGAGGAACAACAGUCGUGGUUCAUAACAUCCGUGAACUGCAUGCUGGAGAAACGAUUUCAGAAAAUUAUGGUCCAAUGUUUAUGUUCCAUCCAAAAGAAGAGCGAUUACAGACACUUCAUAAUAGGUAUUGGUUUGAAUGUAAUUGUAUUGCCUGCUGUCAAGACUGGCCAACUUUGGAACAGAUGAAGACAAAUAAAUCACUCAGAAUCAGGUGUACACAUUGUAAAAAUGCAAUCACAAUAACAACAGAAUCAAUGGAGUUUGUAGUUCAUUGCUUAGUUUGUUCAAAAACUACUAAACUGUUACCAGUUCUAAAAGUUUUGCAGGAUACAGAGAAUAAAUAUUCUGUAGCCAAACAAUUAAUGGACAAGCACAAUUAUAAAAAGGCUUUAGCAGAAUUCAUGGCACUUUUAUCUUUAUUACAUAAACACAUGGUGCCACCUUUCAGAGACUACCAUCUAUGCCAACAAGCAAUAAGACAGUGUAUGUUGACAUUUGGAAAUAAAUUCUAAUAAUUUAUUAUUUGAGU